AUGAAGAGACCUCGUAGAGCAAAUUCAAAUGGUCUGAUCCCUAUGGAUAACCUUUCAUCUCCUACGUCGAUAUCACAGGAUAAGCCUAAGCAGAAAAUAUAUCAUCAUUCUCCUGUCAGAUACAGAUCGAAUAGACGUGAUCCGAAGAUUGUGAAUGAAAUCAAUCAUGGUUCUACAAGAACGUUAUUACCUGACUUCAAUGAACCAGUACCGGCUGCAUCCAUGAGAAAAGUAGACGAAAAUAAAGUUACAGACCUAGAGUCUUUUACUCCAUCUGAAUACUCCCCUUUGAAAAGAAAGCGCGUCAGGAAUAACCAGCGUAAUAUGGGAUUAUUAUACUCAUCACCCCCUCCAAAACGAAAUGAUUUGACAAUAAUAACAAAAUUUACCAUAUCCGGUACAUUUGGUUGCAUAGAUUAUAGAGGCAAGAAACAUGAGGUUCUACACAAUGUCAACCUAAAUUUUAUUAAUGAUGGAGAUGACCCAAAAUUAACUUUUGAAAAACGUAGCUCAAAUAUUCUAAAUUCUAUAACCAAUUUGACCACCUGCCCAAGUAUUUAUUUCGAUGAAAAAUUUGAUGGAAUAGCAUUGAUACUACCCAAAGUUAAAUCAUUGAUGCUCAAUGGUAAUAGGAUAAACACUAGAAAUUUAAUAUGGCAGAAGUCAAAAGAAGACCCAGAUAAUGACCAUUCAGUAAAUUCCAAACUUUACAAAAUAUACAAACUCAUCUCACUCAAUUGUAAAAUUUCAAAAGUAGAGACGUUCAAAGACGUGUUAACUAGGAUAGAAAAAUGGAAUCAAAGAGAAAUCGAAGAUGAAAAAGAGAAGAAUGCAAAUAUUUCAAUAAAAGAGGCAUUCGAUAAUAAACAUGGGACAUUUUCUAGAAAUAACUUUUUGAAUAAAAAUUUAAAUUCAUUAGGAUUUCCUAGAGGAAGCAGUACUAUAGCAAGAACUGCAAAUAAAAUUCAUAUUCCAAUAACAACAACUAAUGAUAACGAUAACGAUAAUGCUACUAAUAAACCGAUAUCAACGAGCAACUUCUAUAACAAACCUAGUCAUGCUUCCACACCAACUUCGCUAAGAGACUUUGAGUCUUCUAGUUUGAGAAGAUCAACUAGAAGCUCUAAGCCGUUACAACAAUCGUCAAAUUCCUUGGAAUUGGAUCCUCAACAAGAACACGAAGUUGUUAGAGUUUUCAAACCAAGAUUGCGUUAUAAAUUCGUGGAUGGCACAAAUUAUACCGUUUCUAACCAAGACUUCAAAUGCCUUUAUAAUAAUGAUUGGAUAAAUGACAGUAUAAUUGAUUUUUUCAUCAAAUAUUUUGUUGAGGUUUCAAUUAAAAAUGAAAUUGUUCGAAGAGAAGAGGUACACAUCAUGUCGUCUUUUUUCUAUACGAAACUUAUUAGUGAUUCUGCAGAUUACUAUAAUAACGUCAGAAGCUGGGUGACAAAUUCAAAUCUGUUUCUAAAGAAAUUUAUAAUAUUACCUAUCAAUAUCAACUAUCAUUGGUUCGGUUGCAUCAUAACAAAUCUUAAUGAGCUAUUCAAUUUUUUUAAGGACAACUCAAACACAAUCGUGAGUUCUCAAGAGAAUUCAGAUGAUAUUUCGAUAAGUAGUCCAAUUGUACAGGUGCUAACAUUUGACUCACUUCGCGGGACUCACUCCAGGGAAAUUGAUCCAAUCAAAGACUUUCUUAUCUCUUAUGCAAAGGAUAAAUAUUCCAUCAAUAUUGAUCGUUCUUUCAUAAAAAUGAAAACGUGUUUAGUUCCUCAGCAACCUAACAUGAGCGACUGUGGUGUUCAUGUAAUAAUGACCAUCAAGAGAUUUUUUGAACAUCCAGCAGAAACUAUUGAAAUAUGGAAAACUGCAAGACUCAAGAACAGGCAUUUUUCAACAAUGAUAAAUGAGUACUUCGAUAAAAAACUAAGAGAUAAGGCAAGGAAACAAUUAAGAGCUAUUCUUUGGCGCUUACAAAAAGAUCAAAUAGACCAAAUGAAAGAAAAUGGAGAGUCUCCAAAUAGCAGCGAUGAAGGUAUCCAAGACUAUGAAGAUGAAGAUAUAGAAAUAAUUGAAGAUAUCAUUAAACAUCCUCCCGUUGAAAGUAAUUCUGAUGAAGGAGAAGCUGAAGAGGAAGAUGGCAUAACUAAAUCAGAGAAGGCUAAAAGUUUAGCAGACAAUUCAACGGUACGACAACCGUUAAGUUCUGAUCCGCCAACUCCCGAAGGUGAGAUAACAAAAAAUAAUUUGUUAAUUUUUGACUCUCUUACUGCUUCUAAUAAAGACAGUCGUAGCGAGCCAUCUACCGAACAGCAAGAAGAAGCACUUAUUGAGGAGCAGUCCAAAUUAAGAAAUGCAUCCCAUGUUGAGGGUGUUUCUGGGUACGUACCAGUAGAUAGGUCGUCAUCAUCUUCGUCAAGCAAUUCUAUACCCUUGGCAACGGUGCUACACAAUAGGAAAUACCUUGAGAGUUCGCCAAGAAAAUCUGUCAAUGACUCCGCUGGCCCAACAAAAUCAAAGUAUUUUGGAGAGUCGGAUCUAAAAAAGAGAGCUGACGAAUUUGAUGGAAAAAUGUACUUAGAUGUAGUCUCGUCUCCUUUGAGUCAAAUUGAUGAUAGAAAACUAUCAUUUUCAGCAACAGAAUCUAGUAAAGCAGAUAUUCAUGACCUGGAUGAUUCUCCACCUUCCUCGCCCUUUUCAACCGUUAACAAUUCUUCUGUCGAUGUCACUCAAAAUGUUGUCGUAUCUGAUCCAGAACUAGAUGAUGAUGUUAAUUUAAUUGGGGGAAACCGUGUAAAUGAUUCUUCAGAUAAUUUGAGUAGCAUUCGAAAAAAAGUUGAGGAAGAACUGGAAAGUUCAACUCCUUCUGUCAUAUCCGAUACUAACUUUGGAAAAGACUCAUUACCAGCAGAAAAUGGAAUAAAUCUGCUACUUAAGACCGACUCACCAGAAAAUGAAGUUCAAACCAUAUAUUCAGAAGAAGAAAAUCAAUAG